AUGGAGCAACGGGCGCAGAGGGCGCGGCAGGCGAUGCUGUCCGGCCCGAGUCUGGAUGGCGCGUCGUGGCAUGCGUGGCCACCGGCCGCCGAGGAACAUGCCAGCGCGAAGCGCGUCGCUGGUGACGACGACGACAUGGCGCUCGCCAAGCGGCCGCGCUCCGACGACGGCGCGGCGGUCGUGGCCGCGACCGUGGAGCAGCAGCAGCAGGCGCUCGCGGCGAUGCGGGAGCUGCAUCCGCCGCCCUUUGACCAGCACGCGCCGCCGAUCGUGCUCGAUGCGUCGCUGCCGUUCGUGCUCGAGGCGCCCGCGCCCACGCCGCGGACGCGCAAGCUGCGGCCCGAGCAGGAAAAGGCACGCGCGUCGUUUGUGGCGCAGCAUGCCGGGCAGACAUAUGAGCAGAUGGUGCUGGAGCAUGCGUACUCGAGUGACCGGCUCUACUGGCUGAAGGAGGCGUACCAGCUCUCGUGGCGCACCGGUCGAUGGAGUGCCGACGAAGAGGACCGCGCGACGGCUGCGCUCGACAAGUUCUGCCAGCACCACCAGCUGUCUCAGGCGGCGCUCGACGAGCUCAUUUGGCACCGGCGCCCGGACCAGAAGCAGCUGCACGAGGAGCUGUGGAAGCACAUCGCCCUCUCGGUAGGCACGCGCCCGAACUAUGCUGUGCGCAUGCACAUCAAGAGCAUGCGCAAGGAUGUGCUGCGCGGCGGGCACUGGACACCGGAGGAUGUGGCGGCGCUCACGUCCGCGGUCGCUGAGCUCGGCCACCAGUGGGAGAAGAUCGGCACGCGCCUCGGCCGCUCGGGCAACGUGUGCAAGCACUUUUGGCGCGAGCAGAUCCAGAGCCGCAAGGCCGGCCCGGCGCCGCAGGGCGCGUUCCAUCCGGACGAGGAAGAGGCGCUGCGGCGGACGGUGCUGGCGUGCUGCGCGGAGGUCGGCUGUGCGCCGGACGGCCCGAAUCUGCCGUGGACGCUCAUCCACGAGCGCCUCGGCCCGUCGCCACGUCGGAUCAGCGUCCUGAGCCGCAAGUGGCGCGGCAUGCUCAGUGCCGAGCGGCGCAGCUCCGACGAGCAGAACGCGCGGUGGUACGCGCCGCGCGACGACCAUAUCCUGCUGAGGCGCAUCCGCGCCCAGCGCAAGGCGUCCGCGGCGGACAUUGAGUUCGACAAGCUCGCCUCGCCCGACUGGCAGUGGCCGCUGUACGUGAUCAAGAAGCACUGGGUCGUGAUGCUCCGGAAGCGCGCGCCGCCCGACCCGCCUGCCUCGCUGGAUGAGCUGCUGGACACGCUCGCUCGGCGCGUGCCGUCGGCUGAUCAGUACAAGAUGCUGGCGUCCGGGCGCCGUCCCGGCACGUCCGCGUCCAGAUAA